AUGUCCCAAUCUACCCCCGAUGCCACCACCCAAGUCGCCGGACAGUCCUCCGCCCAUCCCUCCCGCGCCGCCGAACUCGCCAGUCUUAAAGUAAGACUGAGGGCUGCUCUGCGUCAAUUCCCCGAUUUCCCCUCCCCUGGUAUCUUGUUCGAAGACAUCCUGCCCAUCUUCGCCGAUCCCACUUUGCACGAAGCCCUCAUCCGCUCUCUCGAAUUGCACCUCUGCGAGACCUAUGGUGGUCAGAAGCCCGAUGUCAUUGUUGGUCUGGAGGCUCGAGGCUUCUUGAUCGGCCCCAGCUUGGCCUUGAGAUUGGGUGCCAGCUUUGUCCCUGUCCGUAAGCAGGGUAAGCUGCCCGGUCCUUGUGAGACUCAGGGCUACGCCAAGGAGUACGGUCAGGACUUCUUCCAGAUGCAGUCCGAUGCGAUCAAGCCAGGUCAGAAGGUGGUUGUUGUCGAUGACAUUAUCGCAACUGGUGGCUCUGCCUGUGCGGCCGGAGAGCUCAUCAAGAAGAUGGGUGGUGACCUCUUGGGAUUCAUCUUCAUCCUCGAGCUCGAUUUCCUCCACGGGCGUGACAAGCUCCCUGGUCCUACCUACACUCUCCUUACUGGACAGGAAGAAAAGGCUUAA